GCCCCUUCCCUGCUCGCCUCCUUCCCGACGCCUCGAGCUCUGUGAGGGCGCGCGCGGCUGCAGAAGCAGCUGCUGCUACUAAGUGCCCAAUUGCCGGCGCCUCGCUCGCUUUUUUGUUUAGCUUAGCAACGGGCGCUCCCGCCCUCCGUCGGCGGCACCAGCGAGCGAGGCAGGCCCCAGGCAGCCGCAAGACCAGGAGACUCUCCCGCCUUCUGACGGCGGAGUCUCGCGCCUCGUCGCUCGAGCGUGCGGCUGAGUGAAAGAAGGCGCUCCUUCGCUCCCCGAGUCCCUGAGGGAAGCGGCGGCGGCGCUCUUGCCGCUCUUGCUGAGGAGACGCUGAGAAGCUCCACGGGCCGGGCGGAGGCGGCACCAUGAAGGUGGCCGUGCUCGACUUGGGCACCGUGUUUGCCAAACUCUUCAAGCCCUCUUCCUCCUCGUCUCCGCCUUACUCGCCAACCGCCGCCGCCGCCGCCCCUUCCAGCAGCGCGCCUCAGCCCAAGGCGCUGCUGCCCCUUCCUCCGCCUCCGCUGGGGUCUCUCCCCGCUCGCCCCGCCGCCUUGCAACCCGCAGGGGGCUCGUCUAGCAUAGCGGCAGCCAGUCGAGGCGCUCCCGGCGGGGCGGCGGCGGCGGCGAAGUCCCCCGGAGGCAACAGCUCUCCGCGCUCGGCGGUGGCUGCGCCGUCCCUACCGAGGGAGCCCGGGGCUUGGGCCGCGCCCGCGGGCAAGCAGCUGCUCUUCGUCACUCUGCCCGACAUCGGCGAGGAGGGCGCGCCCGACGCCGACCCCCCAGAAGAGGCAGCGGAGCCCAGGCAAGUGGGAGUCGUGGGGACCCCGCGAGGUGGGGCGCCCUGGGAAAUGCAGACCCUUUUACCCUCGGUAACAUAAUCUCCGGGUGGAUGUAGCUACUUGGCCAACUGGUUGCCUUCCCAAGGGAUACAUUUUCUCCUUAAGGGGCGAGGAGACACUAAAUCCGCUUCCCUGCGUUUCUGGUCAGGUACAGACGGUGGUAACUUCUUCAUCGUUUGGGAAAAGAAUACAGUACUGUAUAUGCCACGUUGUGAAUUAAUAGUCAUAAUAAAAUUGGUUAAUGGUAUUAAUAUUAAUAUCACAGGUUACAAGGGGGCGGGCGGGCGCACUUUGCAAAAUGCUUUUCUGUGUAUAUGAGGCUGUAUCGACCUUUUUAUUUUGAGAGAGACAGCUUUGUAUUUUUGGGGUGGUGAGGGAUUUGCUUGCUUUGUUAAUUGGAGAAAAGUUUUAAGUUAUUUCUAAGAUUGCAAAUGCAAGAUCUCAUUUUUUUCUGGUGGUCCAGUUCAUCUUGAAUAAACCUUAUAUUCUAGUUCCCAACUUGCAGGAUAUUUCCCUACACAGUCCCCAUGGAUACCAUUCUUUGUUCAUUUACUUGCGAGUAAGGCCUAUUUAACUCAGUGGGGCUUACUUCCAAGUAAUUGUGCAACUGAUAGAGCUGUAAAAAAAAUGUGUUUUGUAUGUUCCUGGUUUGGAGUUUUGAAUUACUUUUAUAUAUGAUCAGUGCAUUUAUGCUUCUUCCAUUUACACAUAUAGACCCUACCUGCUAGUCAUAGCUCUAAAGGUUCUCAACAACAUACUUUAAAGCAAUAUGGUAUAAAACAAUUUUCAUUCUCUCCUGCCCUGUGUCCUGUAUGAAAGCUUUUAAUGUGGGAGAGAAAUUCUGUGUUCUGUGACCAACAUAUGAGCGCUAACUGUGCAUGUAAAAACAUUUCAAAAGUUAUUGGCUAGGCUAUAAAUUCAGAAUAAAAAGAGUUCUCAUCCACUUUCUUUCUACUGUUAUUAGCGUUCACACAUGUAUAUAGAUAAAGGCAGUGAAGCUCAAAAGUACUUUUAAUUUCAUAUCUGAAAAUGCCCACAGUUACUAAUGUCAAUUUUCAACAGAUUAAAAAAGCCAGUGAAUGGACCUUUUCGUAAAUUAAAGAAUUACCUGCUUCCAUUUUGUAUUGUUGCAUCAAUAGCUUCAAAAGUGAUACACUAGAGACUUUAAAACAUUGCUUGUGUAAUUGCUAUAGAGGUUGUGCCUGCGUACCCUCACGUUUGUGUUUCAGGACCAAUCUCCAUAGAGCUAUCACUCUCCCGAGGCACUGUGACUUCUGAUUGACAUGUCAUGGAGCAAAUGGGAGAAACUUGUUGCCUUCAUGUUCCAUUACAGAGCUUGAUAGGAGCCUAUGACAGGCCAGUGUCAGAAACAGAAGGUGUGUCUAGGUGGGCCCUUUGCUCUGAUCUAACAAGAUGGUUAUUGCGGUAUUAUGUUCCUCAUAUGAAUUUGGAGGCACCCAUUGUCACCAAAGGUGCAUGAUGACUGUGGCUGAUAGGGCUGGGCAAUAUAUCGAUAUAUAGUCCAAAAAAGAUUUGAAGUCCAUAUCAUGAUAUUGGUUUCAGUUUUUUUGACCUGGAGAUAUAUCACAAAUUAUGAUAUGUUUGUGUGUGUGCUAUGCAAAAAUCACAAUGUGGGAAAAAUCGUGAAGCCAGCCAGUGCUCCUCUCGAUUCCUGCAGCCCCUGUUAACUCUGCCGGCUCAGCUCUCCCCUGCCUCCUGCAACGGGCAAUGAAUCACAAGAGCAGGCACCUGUAAAAAUCACAAUGCAGGGGAAACUGUGAAGCCAGCCAAUGCUGCUACAUAGCUCUAUCCUUAUUUCAGACCUCGUGAUAUAUCAGUAUAUCACUAUGUUUAGCUGUUGAUAUACAUCACGAUGCUGAAAACCAGAUAUCACCCAGCCCUAGUGGCUGGUGCAAAGGAGGCUUAAAUGAAUGGACACAGGAGACUGAUAUUGGGUUCAAUUAGGCCGCAACUUUAUUGAUUAUGGGAAAUAGUAGGUUUGGCUAAGGCAUUGGGCAUGUAUCCAGCAUCAGGCAGCUUAGGAGCCCCAUGAGGAGUCACCCCCAACAUGGAUUAGGUGUCACAAACCUGAACAGGCCACCAUUGGGAGAGGGGUAUUGGCCCAUUGGUCUCCCUGCGGAUUCCCAGACAGCCGCCCCUCCAGGACCCCUCUAACAGGCUAUUUAUCCUUUAAUGUUGUGACAGUUGCUAUGAGGUAGGUGAAAACCUGCAAGCCAGCCAAUUUGCUUGCAGGAGAGAAUUUCUCCCUGGCUGCAAAUAAGGCAUCUGAGUAAACCAUAGCAAGGUCCAUAUGCAACUCACCCACUCCUCCACUGGGCGGGCCCCUAACAGACUGGGUGGGUGGAUGAAUAAGAAAAUCCUUCAACAGUCAACCAAGAGGGCAGCCUGCACUUGGCCGCUCCCUUAAAUAGGCCAGGGGCAGGCUGAGCACAGCUCUCAUGCCCUUGCUCCCAAUUGGCAUUGUGGGUGCUGCCUGCCCAUACCUGAAAGGUCCAUUGUGGCCAGUGAGGGGGUGUCAGGUAGCCAUCCCAUCCCCUGGCCAUGCAGGAGUACGAUGGGCUCUCCAGAUGAGCCUCAACCAUGCCGUACGGCAAAUGCCCUCCACUCGGAGCCCUGGAAAUAUAUCUUUGCAGAUUUAUAUAAUCUAUAAAUAUAUCUAGCAAGUGUUAACAGCUACAACACUAAUUAACAUUAAAAGUUGGGUCUCCUAAUGACAACUAUACAUGUUUUACCAGACAUUUGCUAAGGUGUAUUUAACAUCUCCAGACAUGCUUCUCUUGAUGCUGAGUUUCUUUGCAUAUGUUUAAUAGCAAACCAAAUAUUUUAUUCAUAUUAGGAAGGUAUGUGGUGAACCUGCAUUGUCUGCCUUUUAGAAAAGAAAAAGAUACAUAAGAGGGAAUAAGAUAUGCCUCUUAGAAGAGGAAAGGCUAUACCUUCACAUUAGCAUUUUUUUAAUUAGACAUUUCCACUUAAGCUUUUAGAAGAAACACCCUAAUAAAAUAUUGAUCAUUGCAGCCUCCUUACCCUGAGUUCCAAUUCAAGUUUACCUAGACUCCAGAAUAUGCUAUUUAUUUCAAUUGUUAUUCAGCCAUGUGUGGAAUGCAUUGCCUCAUGAGAACAUAAGAGACGCAUGGCUGGAUCAGGCCAAAUGUCCAUCUGGUCAGCACCCAGGCCUUACCGCAGCCAAGAGUCGCCGAUGAGAAGUCCGCAUGCAGGGCUUGGGUUUUCUGGUUAAGAAAACAACUGGAAAGGCCUUUUGCAAUUUACUGAAGCUGAAAAAAUAAUGUAGCUUGUCAACAGGCACUUCAGUUCAAAUUUAAGAUAUAUUGUAAUUAACCAUAAAUUCACAUGAAAGUUUUGAGAGUAUAUUGCCAGUUAGUUUCAUUUGAAUUCGAUUUUUUUCAAUUACUUGUGGAAAUGUGUUUGCCAUAUGCCCAGAUUGAUUCUUGGUGUGUCAUUGGCCAAAUGCAAAAUUCUAAUUGCUGAUGUUAAUGUAUGCAGGUGAUCUUGGCGCAUGAACCCAUUUGCUUGCCCACUCACAGUAAGUUAGUUCAAGAUGCAGAAGUAGUUAACCUAGUUUGAAAAUACGUGCGAAAGCCAUUAUAUGAAUUAAUUCUAAAUAGCUAUUGGAGGCAUUGGGCCAGUUCAUACUUGCACAUGCAUCAUCUGAAAUCUCAAAGCAUCAAGUGAUGACUUGUAGGUGUAAAUGACCCUACACGGGUCAAAUGCCAUAGGUAAAAUUUCCAUCUUGUGUCACCUCAGAUUUAGUGUUUCAGAGUGGAGCCAGUUCAGACAGUCAGCCAUCAUCAAGGGAUCUGCAUGCACUUGUGAACUAGGCCAUUAGAUGCAGGUGCCUGAUGCAGGGGAAAAUAUAACUUCAUGUUCGCCAGAUUUAUAGGUUGAUCACAGACUGCUGUUAUCCAAUAUGUACAAGUUUCCAAUAUGGAUGACCUUAUUGGUGAACAAAUUCACAGUUUCGUCAUAUGCAUGGAAGGCCUUGUAAAAAAGCACAGGAAACACUGCUGACAAAAGUUAUGGAGUACUGUAUUCAGUAUUAAGUGUUUAUAGGAAAGUGGAAUAUAAAGUAAAAAAAAUUAAAACAAAGACCACUAGACAUGCAGCAAGUUUGGUUUUGAUGAGUGAAAGUCAGUUGCAAGCAAAUGUUGUGAGCAUCAUGGGAAUAGCUGAUGUGAUUACAAUGUGCUUGUGUGCAUGCAUUUUUUCCGGUAAUGUUACUCCUGAGGUUUCGUUCCUCUAUUCAACAGACAUGUUUUGCACAGCUUUUCUGCUUUCAAUUGUAAAUGCUCGCUGGUAAUGAACAAAACAGCUCUGCCUUGUUGAUUUGGUUGCUAACAGGGAUUCACAGAUUUUGGCAUGGUUUAUUCAUUGCCAGCCCUUGUUUGUGGUUGCCAUCGACCCAGUCCCCCUGAAGGGUGUGUGAUUUCUCUCCUUAUGCUGAGCUUUUGCAGAUGUCAGCGAGGUAAGAUUCUGUCUUCCAAAAAGACCCAGUGAUAACAGAAAAACACCCUUCCCCAAGUUCUCUGUGAAUUACAGAUAAGAGGGAGGAGGGGUAAUUCUGUUCUUCCCCUGGCAGUUGAAGACGACAUGGCAAACAUCUCUCCUACAUCCCAAGGCCACAAAGAACUCAGAAUCUUUGUGCUGGUCAGAGCCAAGGGUAGUUGCCAGAGAGAGGAAAGGGCAACUCACUGAUGCAUUUCUGGAGUCUGGUCGCUAAGACUCAAGCAUAGCUUAGUAAUGAGCACGGGUUGUAAUUCAACUAAGUUAUAGUCAGAGUAUAUUGAAACCUAUGUUAUGCAUGUCCAUUAACAUCAAUACAUCUAGAUGGGCGGGGUAUAAUUUAUUAUUAUUAUUAUUAUUAUUAUUAUUAUUAUUAUUAUUUCUACUAUUAUUUCUACUCUGAGGGGGGCUAGCACUGAAUGAAACCUUUUGUUCAGAAACAAAAACAACACAAUAUUCCAAAAUAUUGCUUCCAAAAUAUAGGCAAAAACCACAUCCUCUUGAUAGCAGCAAGAAGAUUUAAAAUGUAUUCUUCUUUUAUUAAUGAUUAUAGAGGAGGAGGAAGUGGUGGUGAGAUGUACCUGUGCUAUUUUGCAAGGGCAGCUUGGAAUUCAUUGGAAACUGAAUAAUAAAUCCACUUGAGAAAACUCAGCAAGGCCUUUCAUUAUAUCUGCAUUAUUACAAGAGUGAGUAGCAGAUGCAUCAGACUCCUCUGUUGAAGUCUCAUAGAAUCAUAGAGUUGGAAGAGACCACAAGGGCCAUCGAGUCCAACCCCCUGCCAAGCAGGAAACACCAUCAGAGCACUGCUGACAUAUGGUUGUCAAGCCUCUGCUUAAAGACCUCCAAAGAAGGAGACUCCACCACACUCCUUGGCAGCAAAUUCCACUGUCGAACAGCUCUUACUGUCAGGAAGUUCUUCCUAAUGUUUAGGUGGAAUCUUCUUUCUUGUAGUUUGGAUCCAUUGCUCCGUGUCCGCUUCUGUGGAGCAGCAGAAAACAACCUUUCUCCCUCCUCUAUGUGACAUCCUUUUAUAUAUUUGAACAUGGCUAUCAUAUCACCCCUUAACCUCCUCUUCUCCAGGCUAAACAUGCCCAGCUCCCUUAGCCGUUCCUCAUAAGGCAUCGUUUCCAGGCCUUUGACCAUUUUGGUUGCCCUCCUCUGGACACGUUCCAGUUUGUCAGUGUCCUUCUUGAACUGUGGUGCCCAGAACUGGACACAGUACUCCAGGUGAGGUCUGACCAGAGCAGAAUACAGUGGCACUAUUACUUCCCUUGAUCUAGAUGCUAUACUCCUAUUGAUGCAGCCCAGAAUUGCAUUGGCUUUUUUAGCUGCCACGUCACACUGUUGGCUCAUGUCAAGUUUGUGGUCAACCAAGACUCCUAGAUCCUUUUCACAUGUACUGCUCUCAAGCCAGGUAUCACCCAUCUUGUAUUUGUGCCUCUCAUUUUUUUUUGCCCAAGUGCAAUACUUUACAUUUCUCCCUGUUAAAAUUCAUCUUGUUUGUUUUGGCCCAGGUCUCUAAUCUGUCAAGGUCGUUUUGAAGUGUGAUCCUGUCCUCUGGGGUGUUAGCCACCCUCCCAGUUUGGUGUCAUCUGCAAAUUUGAUCAGGAUGCCCUUGAGUCCAUCAUCCAAGUCGUUGAUAAAGAUGUUGAAUAAGACCGGGCCCAAGACAGAACCCUGUGGCACCCCACUAGUCACUCUUCUCCAGGAUGAAGAGGAACCAUUGAUGAGCACCCUUUGGGUUCGGUCAGUCAGCCAGUUACAAAUCCACUGAGUGGUAGCAUAGUCAAGACCACAUUUUACCAGCUUCUUUACAAGACUAUCAUGGGGCACCUUGUCAAAUGCCUUGCUGAAAUCCAGGUAGGCUACAUCCACUGCGUUCCCUUCAUCUACCAGGCUUGUAAUUCUGUCAAACAAUGAGAUCAGGUUAGUCUGACAUGACUUAUUUUUCAGAAAUCCAUGCUGACUAUUGGUGAUCACAGCAUUCCUUUCUAGGUGCUCACAGACUGUUUGCUUAAUGAUCUGCUCCAGAAUCUUCCCUGGUAUUGAUGUCAGACUGACUGGGCGGUAAUUAUUUGGGUCCUCUCUUUUCCCCUUUUUGAAAAUAGGGACAACAUUUGCCCUCCUCCAGUCUGCCGGGACUUCGCCUGUUCUCCAGGAAUUCUCAAAGAUGACUGCCAGUGGUUCUGAGAUCACAUCUGCCAGUUCUUUUAAUACUCUUGGAUGCAGUUCAUCUGGCCCUGGAGACUUGAAUACAUCUAAACUAGCCAAGUAUUCUUGUACUAUCUCCUUAGUUAUUCUGGGCUGUGUUUCCUCUGCUGAAUCAUUUGCUCCAAAUUCUUCAGGUCGGGCAUUGUUUUCUUUAUCGGAGAAGACUGAGGCAAAGAAGGCAUUGAGGAGUUCAGCCCUUUCUGUGUUCCCUGUUUGCAUUUCACCAUCUUCUCCUCUGAGUGACCCCACUCUUUCUUUGUUCUUCCUUUUGCUACGAACAUACCCAUAAAAGCCUUUUUUGUUGCUUUUAACCUCUCUAGCAAGCCUGAGUUCAUUCUGUGCUUUAGCUUUUCUGACUUUGUGUCUACACGUGCUGGCUAUUUGUUUGAAUUCCUCUUUGGUGGUUUCCCCCCUUUUCCAUUUUUUGUACACAUCCUUUUUAAAUCUUAACUCAGUUAAAAGUUCUUUAGAUAGCCACCCUGGCUUCUUUAGGCACCUUCCAUGUCUCAUGUCUAGCAACCACUUUAAUUGUACUUCAAGGUUCUUAUGAGGAUGAGCAUCAUAUCAGCUGCUUCUAUAUUAGGCAAUUAGCCUGGAAUAGACAAAAUUUGUUCAUUCAAGUUUCACAGAGCAUCCAGAUGAUAUUGAUGCCAACUCAUUGUAUCCCAGCAAUUUUUCUGUCUUUUUUCUGACCUGAUUUCUGGCAUUAAUAAAACAAAACAAAAUAUAACAGCAGUGUCAGCAUUCCAGUAUGGAUUAACAGUAUGGGAGAUACUCUUUAGAACUGCUGGUAAUAACUUCCUCCUUGCCUUUUCUCUUAAAGUAGCUCCAGAAUCCCUACAUCUCUACAUUAGAUGUAAAGUGACAUAGUUGGACCAUAAAUAAACAGUUUUAGAAAGAUCAUCAGCAAACGACAUCCUUACUAAUACAUUUCCAAUAAACUUCUUCCAAGGGAAAGCACAUAUUUCAUAAAACAAGACCAUGAUAAAUAUUUUCAGUAGCCAAGCCAAGCAUAUAAAACUUGUUACUCUGACCAAAAUUUACAAGUGCUUAAGAGGGCAUUGCUUUGAAUCACAUAGCUAAAAAGUCAUGUUUGGGGAGAAGACAAUAUCACAUCAAGGAAAUAGAACUCUCAAAUGCAAGUUUAAAAUAAUGAAGAAAAAGUGAGGGUGGUACAUUUUUAACCAGUUACAUCAGUUAGAUUUUAUUCAAAUGGCACUAUAGCAAAAGGAUCCUGCUUCUAAUUCCAGCCUACCUUACUUCACAUAAUGGAGGGACCGAUGUUUACCAGGUCUUAUAUAAUAUAACCAGUAAUAUGAUGGAGAGAUUAUUGCUAUCUGCAGCUUGUGGCUUGUUAUAAGAUUGUAUUCUUACCAUUCUUAGAGGCACAUGGACCAUUUCCAAGAUUUUUAUUCAACCUUCCAUCCCUUCUGUUUCAGGGACACUUGAUCUUGUUAUAGUAAAUGCUUCCUAUCUGAUCCCAAAGAAAUAAAACACCUCUACCAAGACACUAAUUAGUCUCCUUUUUGUGACAGUUAAUUAAGCUGAUUGCAUUUUUCUUGACAUAUAAAUUAUUUAUAUACAAAAUACAUUGCAGUCAUUUUUCCCCAUUGACACUAUUCUUUCUUAAUACAUAUGCUGCUGCCAGAACUGAAGUAUAGCUAAUCAUAAUUAACUUUUGUUAUGAGUUUGAGGUGCGGGAAAGUAGGCUGUAUGUAGAGACCUUGCUAACCCUUGGAACCUGCAAGUGUUAAAAUAUAAGCCAGGCUAGCUUCCUGUUGAGGUGAUCAACUGAGUGAUGGGCCAUUAGGGAGGAACAAAGGAAGUGGAUCUGGGUGAGGCUGCCCCUCCAUCAACUCAGAUGGAGGACAAGGCCUGUUAUGUGAGCCAAAAGCUGGAAGAACUGCAAGCUGGAAAGACAGAGAAAGUGUAUGUUUGAUUUCUGUUGGAAUCCAAAGUGGUGGCUUUGGGAGAACUAUGAUUAUCUUGGGGUAAUGCUUUGAACCCAUCCACAUUGCAGUAGCAUAAUUUAGCAUCUCAGCUGAGGGGGGAAUGGGGAACAGAUGUGAGUAACACACAAGCUUCUGCUUUGCUGCUAAUUAAUGCCCUGAUGUUGGGAAAGAUUGAGGGCACAAGAAGAAUGGGACGACAGGACAAGAUGGUUUGACAGUGUUCUCGAAGCUACUAACAUGAGUUUGACCAAACUCCAAACUUCCACUGCGGGAGGCAGUGGAAGACAGGAGUGCCUGGCGUGCUCUGGUCCUUGGGGUCACGAAGAGUCGGACACGACUAAAUGACUAAACAACAACAACAAAUGCUGAGGAACUCUGAAGGCAGCAACAGAAGAUAUGGAGUAAAUGGGAAGAAGGCUUCCCACCACCACCUAGAAUGGUAUGCUGGUCCUUCUACUCCAUUAAGUCAGUGAUGAGGGGUUGGAUUGCACACAAGUUCUGAUGGAUGUGCUAAUUAAUAAAAGUUUGAGAUAGAUGAAUUUGGAUGCUUGAGUACUUGAUUCUACUGCUGGGUUUUAUUUUAAUUGGGGAAGUAGCUACAAGAACUUAAAAAUAUAUUUUAAUGACUGAUUUAUUUGCAUGGUAAUGAGUUAGAUGAACCUAGUCAUAGAACUGAUUGAAGCAACAUGUUGGAAGUAAAAAUUAAAACAUCAAUGCCACAAAUACUUGAAUGACUUGUUUUGACCUGAAGGAAUCUAUCUACAUAAUUAAUGAAUAUUUAUAUUCUUUAUGAAUUCUGGAUUUGAUUUAGUGGCUUAUGAUUAAUUUUUUAAAAUGUAUGAUAUUUAUCUGAUGAACUUGAAUUUGAUUGUAGUAGCGUAACUGGAUUAAAAUCUAUAGAAUGAAUUAAGAAUGAAAACUAUAAGUAUAUAGUAUGUGUUGGUUGGUUUUGUUUAAGUACAAAGGCAUCUGAAAUUGUGUAAUAUAAAGGUGUAAUUGCAUGACUGCAUCUUGGGUGUGGGGGUGGGAGUGGGAAGAGAUAUUACCCUAGGAAGAGAGACAAGAAAGAAAUGUGACAGGAACCCUCUCUAUAGGUUUCUUAUUCGACAGAUUGCUUGAAUGUCUAAAUUGCCCAUAAUAUAUGAAAGGCUAACAAAUAAGAGACAAUGUAUGCUCAUUUCAAUUAGACAGGACAAGGGAAGAAAACUAGAAUUACUAUAGUAUAAACAAUCUAAUUAAUGGCGACAUCUAGUGGUGAUGUGUAAACUCAUCAUGACUGCCGAAAACAAAACGUAUUUUCAAGGCAUGAUGGCAUGGUUUGGAUAUGCAUAUGUCAGGCAUUUAUAGUUUAGUUUAAGUAUAGUUUAACUGUAGUUUCCCUUUUGUAGCUCAACCUGCAUACUUUGCUUGGAGCAAGCCAAGAUCUUAAACCAGUCUGAAGUUUGUUCAUGGCUUGUUACAAACUUGAUAACAUUCCUUUUCUUGGUUCAGAUGUACUGGGAAACAGUGGUUAAUGGAAUACCUCCUGGAUCACAGGGCUGGGGGGAAGGAAUGGCACAAGGAUGCAACACAUGGACACAAGUAGGCUGAACAAACUCUGCAGUAGAGUUAAACUGUCCUCUGCAGAAGAAAUGCAGAAGAAAUAGAAAAUAUACCAGCAUCACUCCUCAUGAAAUGGGCUUAAGCACCACCAGGCAAGCCAAGUAAAAGUUUUAAUUUUUUUUAAAAAAUUGUUUCUAGCUUUGGGGCAUCAAGUAACAUUCUCUAUUUCAUUCUAAUAAAAGAGGUAAGAUUGGACCUAAUUCUUCAGGGGUGAUAGUACCACUUGGAUGUGCUGCUAACAUUUGUUCUAUCAUGAAACUAAUGGAAUGGGGUAAACAAUGCAUGAUGUUGAAGUGCUGUGAUUAUAAAAAGGUAAAGGACCCCUGACAGUUGAGUCCAGCUCAUCUCGCUUUACUGGCCGAGGCAGCCAACGUUUGUCCACAUGUUUGUCUGGGUCAUGUGGCCAGCAUGACUAAGCUGCUUCUAUUGAAACCAGAGCAGUGCACGGAUUAUAGCUCCUUUCAAAAAUGAAUAAAUUUACCAGUAAAUGCAGUGGCGGGUGGUGGUGUGGUAAAACUGCGAGUUUCUUUCGUGUAGCAGCAGAGGGGUGAAGUAUUUAAUCUUUGCUCCACUGUGCCAUUUUGCCAAUCAAAAAUGUAGAUGUGUUUUUCCUUUCAUGUGGCAAAUAAAAGUCAGAGGAAAAGUUUUGAGUAUAUUCACAUGCCCCACACAUCACCAACUACCGUACAUGGGCCCCUGCAGAGGUAGCAUUCUUUUACACAUCUAGAACUCUCUUUUUGAUAAUGCUAUCAUUUGCCCUUAGAGUAGCCUAGAAUAAGGUUCCCCAGUUUCCCACUGUAAUCUUCCACAUUUGUCAAAAUAGUACCGGUAUAUAAUUCCGUCAGUUGCAAGCAAACUCUGCAUAUGGUGCAUCCAGACUGUCAGUAUGUUGUGGGAGGGAUUCAAGAGCAUAACAGAACUUGAGGACUGUGCAUUUAAAGUGCAUCAAAUAGCUGUUGCCCUAGUGCAGAGGUUCCUAAAUUGUGGUCUAAAUUUCAUUCAGGUUGUCCACAACAUUUCUGUGGAUUUGUGAUAAUACAGUGGUACUUCGGGUUACAUAUGCUUCAGGUUACAUACGCUUCAGGUUACAGAUUCUGCUAACCCAAAAAUAUUACCUCGGAUUAAGAACUUUGCUUCAGGAUGAGAACAGAAAUCAUGUGGCAGCAGUGGGAGGCCCCAUUAGCUAAAGUGGUGCUUCAGGUUAAGAACAGUUUCAGAUUAAGAACGGACCUCUGGAACGAAUUAAGUACAUAACCAGAGGUACCACUGUACGUUCAAAAUAGGGUAUGUAUGUACAUUAACAUUUUUAGACUAUGGUUAGGGAAUACUGUACAUGAAUGUACUAAUUGUACAUGUUUUGAUCGCAGGCAAAUGCCCAUUUUAGGCCCCAGUGAUGUGCAUCUAAGCUGUAACAUCUAACAUCUAAACUGUAACAUCUACCUGCCCUACCUCUCUCCUACCUGCAAGGAAUGGAAAUAUGUAUGAACUGCACAAUUUUGAAAAGAACCAAAUCUCCCCACUUCUGUAUUUUCUGAUGUGUAUGACUGUUCGGAUGGAAAUCUGGCAUUUCAGACAUAGGACUUUAUAAACCCUUCCCCUCUGUUCCAAUGAAAGGGCUGCAGGAAGAUGCAUCAUGAAUCUCCAACCCGCCUUCCCCUUCUCUCUCUCUCUCUCAUGCAUGCCAUGGUCCAGAUGUUGUCACAAUAUUUUGGAUGAUCAGAAAGGAAUGAACACCAGGAGAAAUGGCAUAAUGCUAAAUAAUGGUAUAAUUCUAAAUAACGUUUUUCUGCCUUUGUUUACUCAAGCUGCCUGCUGACAGACUCAGGAUAUGAUUCCAGCUAGACAGUAGUAGAUGAUAUCCAUGUCCUCUCAGCAUCAGACAAAUGUAUUGUGAAUCAACACUGUGACAGAAGUACAUUAUUGUGCAAGUCAGACACACCUUUUCAGAUUGCAGACACUGUAGCUGGUAGAUUUUGCUUAUCUGUACAUUAUUGCACUCCCCCUUCUCCUUCAAUGCAGCUGUUUUGGAAUGCUGUUCUCCACAAGAUGUGUUUAUAUCUGGGAAGCGCAGCCCUUUGAAAAGCACUAGGAACAGCGCAUGAGACAGACGCAAAGCUGGAACAGCCUCUGGGAGCAGCUUAGUACUGCAAGACCUCCCUUCUUUCUCCUCCCCUCUUAUACACACACACACACACACACACACACACACACACUUCCUAGAGGGAGAUGGAGGACAAUGUGCUGAAAUGAAACGACACUGUGUUUUUGUGAAAGGGAGCGAGCAGAGCUUGUGAGGAGGGAGGGACAGAGAGCCUUCUCUGGCUGUGCUUUUUCAUGCGCUUUGUUAGCGGGGUACGUUGCCCCUGCCAUUUGUCUGCGGCUUCCAACCCUCAGCAACGUGAGCAACAACCGGAGCCAGAGCUGGUUAUUAUAGGGUAAGUCAGAAGGGAUGAGGCUUAAGAUGGGUAUAAAUGGGUCUUUGGCCGUUUGCUCAUCUACCUACUCAUAUUCAGAGCAGUAAACUCGGCCUUAACGUGCACUAGCCUUAUGCAGAAUUUGGGAAGGGAAGGGGGGGGGAAGUAUUGUGUGGCCCCUCCUAUGUUUCUGUUGUAGUGCCUUGUAAAUGCUGCAUUUCCAGAUAGGGUUGUAAACACCCUAAUACAGUGCAGAAGAAAAUGAACACACUGGAAAUACUAAAAUGUAAAUAUGAUAUUUUAAUGGUGCAAUGGAAAAAUAGCCUUCCCUCCAUUGCAUCUGUACAGUAUUCUUAAUGCUCUAUUUUUUUACUAUUUAAAAUUGGAUCUAAGGUGGGGCUAUGCUACAUUUGGGGAAAUGUUUACAGGGUGAGCCAUCCCAACCAAGUACUGAUUUAAAACCCUGUACGACCUAAGCGUAACAAGUGCAAUGUGCUUGCCUGUCCGCAGGAGUAAUUUUGAAUGAAAGAGCUUAGCAUGCUUUCUGGUGCUGUAUUUCCAUACCUUUUCCUGUACUUUAAAAUUGUUGGGCUCCCUAUAUAGUACUACUGUCACAAAGUAUAUUAUUAUUGAUUUCAGGAUCAUUAUCCCAUCUCCAAGCAGUAUAUGCCUUAUAUAAGGAAGUGGCAGGCCCCAGAUUUUCCUUUCAAAUGUUCAUUGGAAGAAUUUGUUGAUCAUUAACUAUAUUAUGAGUGAAUGAAUAGUCAAACCUGUACUUCAUGGAAGAAAACAGCCUAGAUUUUCAUCUAAAUAGUGACAUCGUGAAAACUCAUUAUUGUAUUACAUUGGACGUUAUUGUAUUUUAAGAAAAGAGACUUCUUUUUAAACUGUCACAAGAUCUUAUUUUUCAGAAGUGCGCAUGCUAAAAAAUAGUGAUUCACUGGAAGGGGCAUAUCUACACGGCUUAAGAAACUGGUGAUUGGCACCCCUGUUGCAUGGAUUUUUUUUCUUUUAAAAAACCCAACCCAUGGAUUUGUUUCUUACAAUAUGUGAAGUGGCUUCGUAGCAAAGGCAGGGCAGGGAGGGGAGGAGAACUUACAAUUUUCAACUAUUUAUUUGUUGAUUUUAUUAAAUUUGUGUACUGUUCUUCAUUCAUAGAUCUCAGGGAAGUUCGCAGCAUAAAAAUACAAGACAAAAAAACCCCAAAAUAUAUAAUAAAAACAAGAACAAAAAACAACCAAAUAAUACCCUCUCCCCUCUCCCACAACACUAUUUCCUUUCCCAAGCCCAUUUCAUUUGGUAAAAUCAUGGCUUUUUUCAGCUGGAACUCACUGGCCAUAAUUAUCUCUAGGGCUGUUUUUUCAGGGGGAGAUCCCAGGAACUCAUUUCUGGCACCUCUCAGGUGGAUGCCAUUGGCAUUCUAAGAGAACCAGGAAAGUGUUCAUAGUGAGUUCUGGCACCUAUUUUUCUAGAAAAAUAGCACUGAUAGCCCCUAGUAAUAAAUAUAAAUACAAAAAGAGGUUUUCAGAAAAGUGGCUCUGGCUACAGGAAUUGGCUGGUGUUUUCCCCCCAGUCAGGGGUGAUGUGAAGAAAUUAAACCUUUAUCAAUGCAGAACAACUCAUGCAGUUCAAAAGAGGCAUAAACAGAAUCUAGCAAUCACAGAAUAGCUUCUCUGAAGUCUGCCCUCUUUCCUCUCUUUUUGCCAGAGUUCUACUAAGGGCAGUAACAUAUUAACAGUAAAAACAAAGGUGUUCUGCAAAUUUCCUUGACAGACUGAGUACCUUUUAUCCUAGUAAGCCUGUUUAGGGGGUGGAGAUGGGGGUUAUGGUGCUGUCUUUCUGCCUCUUGCUCACUUCUCAAAGUGGCCCUCCAGAAAAAAAAACCUCUUGCUGACUAGGGACAUUCCUGCCUAAUACAAGUCCUAUGUUAUAAGUGAUUCAGGGCAGGCUAUAACACAUGGCUUUUCACAUGGUCAGCUUCCAAAGAGGCAGUAUUAGCAGAACACUCUGUGGCCAUGAAUACAUGGUAUGCUCAAUGCUUAUAUGUAGGGUCCAAUUCAAAUGUGAAACCCAGUCUCCUGUUACUGCCAUAGGUAAGUAAGUACCCAGUAAGACACACGCCUGUGUGGAUUCAAGGUGGAACUUGUAGACACCUACGACUAUAAACCUCUCUUAAAUUUUAAUAUAUUUUGAUAUCUGACUCCUGCACAGUGAAGUUGACAUUAGGAAGAAUGUGUGUUAGCAGAAGGAGACAAGAGCUGAAAUCUUAACUACGUACGAUAAAAUUGAAUUAAUUUGGCUUCUCUUUUCCCCCUCCCCCCUUCUUUUCUUCCAGAAAAGGACUAUCUAAAGGAGACGCAGACCGCUGUUUCCAAGGAAAGAGUGAGGAUGGCCUUCCAGCACCUUUUACCAAAAGCGUGCAAGAAGCCAUUGAUAAAUAUACAUUGUAUGUGUUUAUGUCUGACAUUAUUUGAAUAACAACAUAAGUAUGUGUUAAAAGAUUAAGAUAAAAUUGUGUGUAUGUGUGUAUGUAUACGUGUGUGUACAUAUAUAUAUGAAAUUGAUUUUGGAAAUCACAGCUUUGCAGCAUUUCUGGGGCAGCACCUGUCCUAGUCACAUUAUAGCAUGGCAAUUUGAAACUGGGGAUUUCUAAAGUAGUUUGUAGUGUGGCAUUCAGCUUUCAGUGGUGGUGGUGGGGUCUUGUAAGUUCUUUAGGGAUAGUGCAGUUUCCUUUUAUGAGCCCAAGUAGAUGUUUGAAUCCUAGUUAGCUUUUGGUAUUGUGACUUGCGUUUUCUGCUGAAAUCAUUCUUCUUUAAGAUUUUGUGGUGGGGAAAGAAUGCUCAAGGUUACUUUAAGGAAGAAGAAUGGGCCAGAACAAUAGCCUAAAAGGAGAGUAGUGCAAAUCUUCUACACAUGAAAGUGUUCAUUUUGUUAGCAAGGUUUUGCAGCAACCCCCCCCCCCAACCUAGGAAACUAAGUGCAGUCAAACCUUGGUUCCCAAAUGCCUAUGUUUUGGAAUGUUUCGGCUCUCAAUGCUGAAAACCCAGAAGUAACUGCUCCGGCUUUUGAAUGAGUUUCAGAAACUGAAUGGCUUCCGGGGAGUUUUUUUUCUUUUUUCUCCAUUGACUUUGCUGAUCGACCUUUGAUCUUUGGUUGUCAAACAUUUCGGAAGUUGAACAGUCUUCCAAAAUGGAUUACGUUCGACAACCAAGGUUUCACUGUACAAACUGGAAUAUUCCAAGAAGUUGCGCCAGAAUAUCAACAGCUGAUUGUAUUAAAAAUUUCUAUCCUUUUGGCCUCACUCUUACUUUUCUUUUUCACCUGUAUAAAUGUGUGGCCUUGUGUAUGUCUGUCAAUUAAGUAUAUCUGUCAUGCACUAACAGAAUCAUAAAGAGUCUUGUGAUUGUUGGAAGCUGGUCUGCAGGGCCACAGUUUUUCCAUUCAUGCCCUAAUGCUAAACUGAGCUUCACCAUUUUGUAUGGGGAAUUGCAUAUUUAAAUUUUGCCAGUAUAUUUGAAUGAGAUAUCUACCUUUUGUCCACAAGAGUCAAUCAAUGGCAUUUUAUAUUUGGUAGCUACUAUUGCUGCUCUUUAGGGCUUUCUGGGGUGGGGUGGGUGGGGAGUUAGUCUUUGUGGUGCCACAAAGUCCUUAAUGAAACACAAUUGCUUUCUUUCUUAAUGAGACAUGGUACCAUGACUUACUUUUGAAAUUUCUUUUCAUCCACAGUGUCUCUGUUUCUUCACUUUCAUCAAGCAGACGGACAACACCAACAGACUUGAAUAAUUCUUGGUCUGGGAUUCAGAGUUGCACCACUGGCCCAUCUACUGAAAGAAGCUCUGUUUACUCCUGGAGAGAUGAUGUAUGUUAGCAUUUAUUAACAGGUUUUGUGUAUCCUCUCCUGAAAAAUUCUUAAUUUGCCAAUAUUAUGUCCUGUCCUCCACUGCACUUAGCUGGAAAUCAAGGUCAAUUUUUAUACUCAGCUACGUUAGAAACUAGUUUUUCGCUUGGUGACUUCCUUGACUAUACUGAGACUUAACGUUGUUUUGCAUGGAAUAAUCCAGACUUGCAAAACUAUUGUUUACCUUCCUUACUGAACACUGUUUCUGCCUUGCGUGCUGCUUUCAGUGCUGUGAUCUUGAUCAGCCAGGUGCAAAUAUGGUUGAUUUAGAUCAGGGGUAGCUAAUCUCUGCCCCUCCAGAUGUUGUUGGACAACCAAAGCCAGCAUGGUCAGUGGUCUUAGAAGAUGAGAGCUGUAGUCUUGAAUACCAUGGAUCAGUGGUCUGUGAUCUAAACCAAUAUUUUUUAAUGCCCAGUCCCAGUGCUACUUGUCUAGAAAAAGAGGUGCUGGAACUCACCGUGAACGCCUCCCUUUUUCUCUUAUAAUGGCAAUGGUGCCUACCUGAGAGGAGCUGGAACUGAGUUCCAGGAGAAAAAAGCCCUGCUCAGUGCUCUUCUAUACUCUAAAUUAAAAUAUUUUAUUUUAGUAUUCAUCAUUUAUAUCAACUUUAACCUCACCCUCUUCUGCUGUUUAUUUUUUAUUUUUUUACUAUGAAUCUGUUUUGUUUCUCACAUUCUCCUUUACCUUCACUUUGAAAGAUUCUUGUAAACCUUGCUCAGGUCAUUUCAAGGAACUUGCUACUAUGCAAAUUAAGACCGCAGCUUCAAAGUCCAAAUCUGAGCACCUCUGUCCUGAAGCAGAUGUUGCUGCCCCAAACCUACCUGAACAGUUGAUGUUUCCUUUCCCCAUGCUGCUACACCCCCCCCCCCCAUGCACACACCACGAGUCACCUCAUAUGGUCAAAAGCAUUUUUGUAGAAGCUGGUUUGCCCAUGCAAACUAGUCCUUUUCAACACUGACAGGAAGAAUUUAACAGCCAGGCACAGUGCUAGGUGAUUCUUCCUCCCUUUGCAAAUAAAGAAUGCUGUGCUAGCUGCAGUAAUCAUGCUAUCUUGAGCCCAAUUUCUUUGAUCGUGAAGGAGUGACAUACUUGCGGGCUCAUAGGCCUGUGAAGCCAUUUGCGUUUUUAACCUGCCAGCCCUCAUCUUCCUUCCCAUCACAGCAGUGAACUAGGAGAAGUGGUUUAUACCACAUCAUAGGGCCAGGCAGAGAUGAGAGGUUCAAACCUCUCUGGCAAGCCCAGCUCAGUGACGUGUGGAGCAUUCAACUAAAUUUUAAGCAGUGCAGACCUGCUAAAAUGAAUGAACAGGACUAAAUUAGGUCCAUUCAUUUCAUUGGGUCUUAUCUGAGUAAAACCUAAUUGAAUACCAGCCAGAGUCAUUUCUUCCCCAGCACAGCAGUGUGCUGGGGAUAAAGAAGAAUAGUCCACCCAUCCUCAUCUUUCUUCUCAUCACAGUGCUGGGAUUGGGGGAGGUUUGGGGUGAGUGUGCCUGAGUGCAUGAUGUGCAUGUGAUGUCUGUAUGAGUAUGCUGUGAGAGAGAGGGUGUGCUGUGCACUUGCAUUUGUGGUGAGUGUGUGUAUGUGUAGUAUGUUGCUGUAUACGGGGCAGUGAGAGAGAGAGAGUGAUGCAGGUAACAUGUUUGGUGAAACAUAGCUCUCGGAAAGUUGGCCAACCCCAGACCAAAGGAGGAUAGCCUCACCUGUUUUGGUGGAGUUCCAUUCUCUGAAUAAAAACACUAUUUAAAAGAUGUGUGACUUUUCCUAAAUAACUAGAGUGACAAAUAUGUAAUUUUAUUCAGCUUCAAACAUGUAUAGAAAUAUUAUUUGAAAAUAUUAACCUAAAAUUCCCCAGGAAUUUGAUAAAGCUAAUACACAAAGAGUUCAUCAGCUGUUUUGGGAUGUGGAUGAAAUGUUGUUUGAAGGCAAAGUGAGUUCCCAAACGGAGAGUCUAAAGGCAGAAUGCAAGGAUUGGACUAACAGAUCACUUCACCUAAGGCAAGUCUAUGCAUGUGGAUUAAAUAAUUUAUUUCUAGAAGCAUUUUCACUCAAAUGUGCACUUUAUUUACUUCUUAUGUGUUGGCUUGAGUAGUGAGCAUCUUGUGAGUUGAUUAACUGCCCACCCUUUGAAUGGAAGAACCUAUAUAGCUGCCCAGUAGAACGGCCAGAUAUUAGCUUAAUUGCUUCCAGAUGGGGUUUCCAUGAUUACUUCCCAUCAAUAAGUAAUCCUAGAUAUUUAAAUCUGAGUACUUGAUCAAGGGUGUGACCAUCUGGAGUCCACCUGGACUUGGUAGUCCUCUUGCCAAAUACAGUGACCUUGGUUUUUAUCGUAGUUAAUUUUUAGAUAUUCUUUUUUACACAGCUGUCCAAAUUUAACCAGCAUCCUCCUAAGUCAGAUUUUAUUCUGAGAUAACAAAACUACAUCAUCGGCAUAGAGCAAAAUUGACAAUUUACUAUUCCCAAGGAUGGGGGGAAUUAGAUUGGCAUUAACUAACACUAUUUAAAGUUCUGGCUUCCUAUGCUACAGAGUGCUUUUCAAAAAAAAAAGAAUGUGUUGCAUGUAUCUGCAUUUUCUUUUCACUUCAUUAGCCAACCCUAUAUUUGUUCUUUUAUGCAGGAUUUUGGGAAAACAGCUUAUUUUCCCAAAGGAUGAGGGCUUUCAGCAUUACCAGGGCAGAACUGCCAGCUCUGUUUACUCCAGGUCCUUACCUACCUUGAGUGAAAUCACCAGCAGUAUGAAAGAGUAAGUUUUUCUUUUAAUGCAGACAUAUUCCUGUUUCUGUUUGGUUGACAUUAUUUUCUAUUAAAAUGCUCUAGUACACAUUUUACAUAUUCCCAGAAUAUGAAUGCAACUGCCUUAGCGAAAUGAACAGCCAUUAUUUCUGAAGCUUUGAUCUUUAAUGCAAAGCUCAUACUGUGUAUUAUGCCAUUUUCUUGGUUAAAUAAUACAUUGGACAACUAUUGGCAACAUGAGACAUUUGUCCUGGAUAUAGGUCUGCAAAGCAGUGCUCAGGCACCUGUUGUAGGUGAUUAGCAAAAGAAUCCCAUGGCUUCUCACAGUUACAACAUCCUCCUGUUUUUCUUCUACCUGGAAAAAUUCUGAUUUCUUGACUGGGUUAAAGCCACUGGAAGACAUCUCUGAAAAAUUUGAGAUAGUUGCUAUAUUUCUAGCCUGUAUUUUUUUGCUUCAUGACAUUUUUAAAAAAUGCUUUAAUUGCUUAAUUUUACUUUCCUAUAAAAAGAUUAGUGUAUAUUUAAUUUUUGCACUUUCCCCCCCUUCUGUGUUAAAAUUGCUGUCUUUAGGUUAUGCAUCUCAGGCUCUAAACUGAUUCCUGCAGCUUUUCCAGUGCAGAAGGCAUUCAGCUCUGAAUUACCAGAAAUUUCUUUAGCGAAAUCACCUGUAUAUUCAUUCUUGGAAGAAGAAAUCUAUGAUGCAGAAGGAAAAAUUGAAGAGUAUCUUGCAUUCGACAACAAGGAACUGUAAAUGUUUGAUUUUUAAUGGAUUAUAAUGCAGUUUGAAAAGAACCAGAUUUACCUCUAAGAACUGUUUCAUAAUGGCAAAUACUAUCAUGUCAGACUGUACACCACAUUAGUCAUGUGUUUAAACUAGUGUACUUAACCUGCCUGCUGUUUAUUUUGGUUACAAAAGAAAAAUCCCUAGGUCUCCAAACUGCUGUGGACUUCCAAUCCAGAUCGUACCAUUGCACCAAUUUGCAGCUGUAAAUGGUCCCUGCCAGGCUGCUGUUGAAUACAAAGUUGCUGUUUGCAGUAAAUAACUUUCAGAUGAAAAAAAAAAGCAAGCCAGGAAAGAGCAAUUAUCAGGAGAAAACCCAUGUGGAGCCCCCAGUCUGGAUCAGAAGCACAUUCCAAAUCUGCUUUUUCUCCAAAUAAAAACAGUCACAAUAUUAAUAAUAAUAAUUCUAUUAUUUAUUCCCCUCCCAUGUGGCGGGGUUUCCACAGCCACUCUGAGCGGCUUCCAACAGAACACUAAAAACAGAAUAAAACUUCAAUCAUUAAAAACCUCCCUAAACAUUAAGCACACAUGUGCCUUCUGUCACAGUGUGUUUGACUAGAUGACCCAUGGGAGUCCCUUCCAACUCUACAAUUCUAUGAUUGUAUGAGUAGUUUAUGAUCAAAUGAUAGGGGGGUUGGGGCUAAUCUGUAUGACCCAGUGGCUAGAAACACAUUUGACAUGUGCAUAGAUUCAUGCUUUUUUACAUACAUGUCGUAGACAUGUCAUAGGUUUUUUUAUAUAACGUAGUAAGCAUCCCUACACCCUGUAGAAUUUGAAUAUUACAUAAUUAAUGCUCAUUGUUUGGCAGAUUUUAAGUAGCACUGUGCCGCCCUUUUUUAUAUAACAGGAUUGUGUAAAUAGAAGUAGACUGUUUUUUAUUAAUAGAUAGUAGUGCUUGGUAAUAAAGAUUCAAUUUGCUUCAAUCAUUAGUGAUGAUGAAAAGUUGGAGCAAAAGAUAUAUCAACUUGCCCAAAAGAGGGUUAAACAUGGCAUUCCUCCUAUUUCCCCCAAUGCCUGUAUCAAAGAUGCUGUGGUUGCGGACGUUUUCGAUCACGUCUGGAAGAAUGUAAUUCAAGUACUGGAAGAAUUAAUAAGGAAACACUGGGAAUCGUCUAUCACAGGUAACUGGAAUGUUUAUGGAAAAGCCAUUUCUGAAAACAUUCUUAAAAAUGGAUGCUUUAUAUGAUCUCUGUGGUUCCAGGAGUUCCAACGCAUUCUAAAUAUGUUUUAGAAAUGUAUUGUUAUGAAUUAUGGUGAUGGGAGGGGCUGGGGGAGUUGACCGUGUGCCGAGACCCUCAUAACCCCUGGAUGCAGAAAGUGGUAAAAUGUAAACCAGGCUAGCUUCUUGUUGAAGUGAUAGUCUGGGUGAUGGGCCAUUAAGGGAAGAAAGGAAGUGUUUGAAUCCGAAGCUGUGGAUAUGGGGGAAGCAAGGCUUCUUGGGGAUGUUAAUGCUGUGAACCCUCCAUUGUAGACUCAGGUUGUAUAUACAGUGGUACCUUGGUUUAAAAACAGCUUAGUUUAUGAAGAACCUGGAUUAAGAACGCUGCAAACCCGGAAGUAGGUGUUUUGGUUUGUGAACUUUGCCUUGGAACCAGAACAUGUUCCGCUUCCCGUUGAGUGUGUUUCAUUUGUAAAUUGAGUCCCUCGCUGCUAUGGGAAAGUAUGCCUUGGUUUCAGAACGCUUUGGUUUAAGAAUAGACUUCCAAACGGAUUAAGUUCGUAAACUAAGGUACCACUGUAUUUGUAAAUAAACCACAUAGCAGUCUCCUCUGUGUCUCAUUCGCAAAAGAAACACAAAUCCAAGGUAAGCACCUGGAAGUCCUGGAAUCUCACACUGCUCAGAGGCUGGGGUGGUGUGCAGCAGUAGAGAUGGUCUGUGCUAACAUAUCCAUAUGUAUGGUAUCUCAUUUCUGUAUUGGUCUGCAUGGCCCAAUUCACAUAUGAUACUGGGGGCCAUGAUGUGUGUUAACUAUGGUUUGUGCACGUUUGAUUGGGCAUGUGUAAUAUGGGCCUAUGGUUAGCACUGACUCCUGAGAAGAGAGUAAAAUGGUAAGAGGAACAUGUAUUCCUAAGGCUUGCUUUGCUUUCCAAACUAUGGUUUGGAGGCAGUCACCAUUAUUUGUGCAAAAAGUUGUUACAUAUUCACCAGUUUACUGUGCUAAAGCAAAUGUUUACAUUUAUGUCUGAUUGAAAUUUGGGGUUUUUUUAAUGAUGAAUUAGAGAAUGACAAACAGAUGGAGAAAUUGAAAGCUACUGGAAACAAGUUACCACAUCUAUCCAUUUCCCGUGUUGCAAUGGAGACAUCAAGUGUACCCCCAUCAAGAGGGUCAGAGGCUCGAGGCACAUCUGUUGGUUUGCAUUUUGUCCCAUCACAGGUAAAAUAUCUUCCAACUAGCUGGCAUUAGUCAGCAUAUGAAAUCCUAUUUUCCUUUUUAUCAGCAGUACACAACUUCUCCAGUCCCCAGGCCCUGUGUGAGGUUUUCCUCUCCAUUCCUUCUAUCUCGGUGGCCGGUGACCAUGCCCAGCCAAGGUCUCUAGCACACCAGCCACACUUCAACACACACCUCUGCUGUCCUUAAGAUGUUGUAUGCAGUGCUGCUUUUUUUUUUUAAAGGAAAAAGGUGCCACCGCUCACCAUGAAGUUGUUACAGUAAGUAGCAACUAAGUACCACACUUUAAACAUUUGGGGCAGGGGGGAGGGAAGGUGCUGGUACUGUGUACCCAGAAGAAAAGCACUGGUUGUAUGACAUAUACUGAUUUUCAGCAUUCCACAACUGGCCUUUUGUUUUUAGCCUUUAGGCUUCCUGACAGGCAGCAGCUGCUUUUUAGAUGUGUGCAUACAUGUGUUUAUUUUGUGUGUAUACAUAAACACAAUCAAGACAACCCUCUGGUUCUGCUUAGCACUCUUCCUUGACACAAUGCAUUGCAGUCCUUGAGCCACACAGCUAAAAAAAAAAAAGUGAAUUCCUAUCAUAUGUAUUUAGUAAUGCUGAAGGCUCCAGUUUUCACAUUCUCCACAUAGCCUGUGGCCAACUCUCAUAACCAUGUAUUAAAGAGGCCUAUUGCAUCUGUUGCUCAUGGCUAGUUCCCAUAUUUCCAUUCAGGGCCACUGAUGCUGGCACAGAAAGUACUCAUGUAAUCAAGAUGCAAGCAUUUAAAAUGAUGCAAGAAAUUUUUGCAGCAGUUGCUAUACAGGUUGAUAUUUAAUUAAACACCCACUCCUGUUAACAUCUCUCUCUCUCUCUCUCUCUACACUAAUCAUUAUUCUUAUUAUUGAUUGCAACAUGUACAAGAUAACUCAUGUGUUACUUGUGGCCUGUACAGUGGUACCUCUGGUUAUGAACUUAAUUCGUUCUGGAGGUCUGUUCUCAACUCGAAACCGCUGUGUGUGCACCUCUGGCGCGCGACUUCCGCUCGCAUCUUGGGGCAAAGGUUGCAACCAGGUGCAUCUACUUCCAGGUUAGUGGAGCUUGUAGCCCGAAGCGUGCAUAAGGAGGACAGUUCGUAACCAGAGGUAUUACUGUAGAUAUGUCUCAACAAAAUUACACUAGUAGUUAUUAUUACCGUAUUUUUCGCUCCAUAAGACGCACCAGACCACAAGACGCACCUAGUUUUUGGAGGAGGAAAACAAGAAAAAAAAUAUUCUGAAUCUCAGAAGCCAGAACAGCAAGAGGGAUUGCUGCGCAGCGAAAGCAGCAAUCCCUCUUGCUGUUCUGGCUUCUGGGAUAGCUGCGCAGCCUGCAUUCGCUCCAUAAGACGCACACACGUUUCCCCUUACUUUUUAGGAGGGAAAAAGUGAGUCUUAUAGAGCAAAAAAUACGGUAUUUAUAAUAAGACCUGUCCUGUAGGGUAAUUCUGUGUUAUUGUGUAAAAAGAGAGAGGGAUAAGUAUAGAAUUGGCAUCCGUUUCUUCUUCAUGUUUUCAUACAUGCUUUUUGCAUAGGGUGAAAUGUUCUUCAGCAUCUGCAUUAGGUAACUUUGCACAUCUUCACCCACAAUGUUGCACAUGUUUUAGGCCUUCAGACAUAUUGAUAAAUUACCUCGAAAACAUUAAGUGAUUUGCUUCUGUUGCUUUCUUUAGAUCCACCGGUUUCCCAGCAAUUUACACAGCGAUUUAAAUGGUGUCAUGACAAUCCAAGCUAAGCCACUGCAACAGAGGCACUCUGGGCUAACAGAAAAGAUACAGUAUGUGUUGCAAAGACUUAUGAGAUCACAUUUCACUCUCACAGUGCAUGCUAUAUUUAUUUUUCAAUCUAUACCUCAACAUAUGGCUCUAUGAAGCCUUUCUGAAGUCAACAUUUCAAUUUUAUGUUAUGUGUUUUAAUUUUGGGCCUUGGUUAAAUUAUUUUAUUUCAAAUAUAAAGUAUAAUUAAAGCUGCAUAUUCUCUUCUGCGGGGGAAAGGGCUUUGGGGGCGGGCUGCAGAAGGGUUGAAUCUUGUAUAAGUGGCAACUACAUUUGCUGAAAUUGCUCUUUUUCAGGAAUGAGCAGGAAGACAAGCCGCAAGUGGGUUCCAGUGUUAACUCAGCACGAAAUCGGCUGGGGCGAAUUCCUGACAGUAGUGUUCUCUCAUGUUCCCGAGUAUUGCUUGGAUCCUCUAGAAAAACAGCAGGCCACCGUAGGCUACCGUCAAUAGCUACAGAUCCUCUGCGCUCAAAGACCCCCAAUGUUUACAGCGAUGAAGUCCUUAGGGGGACAAAACUGUGAGGCUUCAUUUGUAUUCUUCACUUUCAUGACCCUAGUGACAUAUUAAGCUCAAGCAUGGGAGUUAGUUAGGGUGUGUUUCACCACCCUGUGGUUGCAUCUCAGAAACAGGCACUGAGACCAACCCUCUUUUAUUUCUGUUCCCUCCUACACAUUUUGAGGGUAGCUUUGAAAUUCUGUGAACAGUGGCUGGUGAAACCACAGAAACUAGAUUCAGGUAGAUAGCUGUGUUGGUCUGAUGCAGACAAAAUAAAUAAAAAAAAUGCCCAGUAGCACCUUAGAGACCAACUUUUGAAGAAGUGUGCAUGCACACGAAAGCUUAUACCCAGAACAAACUUAGUUGGUCUCUAAGGUGCUACUGGACAAUAUAUUUUUUUUAUUUCCACAGAAACUAGAUUCAGGUCUGAGGGGCAGCAUUCAGGUUGCAGAAUUCAGCCAUUCUUGGCACUGAAUUUGAAUUUGACUUGAUGUAGGUUUUAAUUUAUUUUUAAGCUUGCAGCCCAGUUGUGUGUGCACUAAAAACUAAUGGCCAGAUCUUUGAAAUGGUUCCAUUUGACAAUUAAGGGGGAAAUAGCAUGUACAGUCAAUGGGAAACGUGAGCAGUAGUAUGACUUUGGCAUCAACACAUUUUUGGAGAAUAUCAUAUUUUAAAGAGAUGUGUUGUUUCUCACAAAGAACAUAAUAUUAUAUCUCUCUAAUUAACAGGAAUUCUGUUGUUGUUGUUGUUGGAAUUGUAGAGUUGGAAAGGACCCAAUGGUUAUCUAGUCCAAUCCCCUGCAACGCAGGAAUAUCAGCUAAAGCAUCCAUGACAGAUGGCCAUCCAACCUCUGCUUUAAAACCUCCAAGGAAGGAGAGUCCACAACCUCCUGGGGGAGACUGUUCCACUGUUAAACAGCUCUUACUGUCAGAAAGUUUUUUUAUAUGUUGAGUCAGAAUCUCCUUUCUUGUAACUUGAAGCCAUUGGUUCGAGUCCUACCCUCCAGAUCAGGAGAAAACAAGCUUGCUCCCUCUUCCAUGUGACAGCCCUUAAGAUAUUUGAAGAUGGCUAUCAUAUCUCUUCUCAGUCUCCUCUUUUCCAAGCUAAACAUACCCAGCUCCUUCAAGCUCUCUUCGUAAGGCUUGGUUUCCAGACCCUUGAUCACCUUUGAUAAUUAAGAAUAGUUCCUGCAGUGACGGAAGGAAGUGAAAUACAUAUAAUCUCAUGUAUCCUUAUUGUUGGCCCACAGAUGUACUGCCUUAGAUCGCUUGUCCUCUCCACUUCUGCCUACAGCCCGGAACAAGCUGCCACCGAUUACAUCAGAUGCCGUUGAGCAAUAUCUUUCCGUUCCUGGAUCGCAGCUAGGCUUUGUAAGAGAGUGUGUGUGUGUCAUUCUUUGUUUUAUACCAUUAGCAAUUCAGUUGAGAAUUUAAUAGUAUUGUCAUUGGAGCACUUUAAAUCCUAGAGAAAAUCAAGCAAGUACAAUUGUUAGUUGCUGGGCUUGCAAAUGAUAAAAUUAGGUUCCAUUCUCCUUCCAUCUAUGAAGCUUGCUGAGUGGCCUUGUAAAAAUCAUGCUCUCUCAUUAUAACUUACAACUUCUACAUGAAAUCAGCAUGACGUAAUAACUUUUAAUAGUUUCAGCAAAAUGUAUUUUUCUGUAACUUUUCAAGGAUCUUUAUUCAAUUUGUUGCUCCACUGACACUUAUCCAUAUCGCUUCAUUUGUUGCACAUAGUUACUGCAUGAUACUUUGUUUUGUGUUUUAAUUGCUUCACUUUUGCACCAUAUGCUUGUUCUUUGUUGGCAACUUAGUUAACAGUGUUGUUUAAACAGCUACCCAUUUUCCUGCUGGGAAAUAUCUAGCUUGCAUUCCCUGAACUGGAACUACAUUGCCAAAUAUUACAAUGUAGUUUAAGCACUAUGGAUAUGAAUUGUCAAAGUAAGUCAUUUCAGCCUUAGCAUAAGUCAAGCAAACAGCUGUUCCAACCUUGUGAAUGGUAAACUAAGGCCAGAAAAAAGAUGGAAUUGUUUACUUUUCAACCUCACCACCGAUUGAAAAAAUAACAAAAACUGCGGGAAGGAGAAGACCCUUGCUACCUUCUCUGGAGCCAGUCACCCCACUUCUGCUUCCAGAGAUAGAUGCAGACAGGAGCUGCAGAUCCUUCCUAGCCUUUUUAAUUCUGCUUGUAUCUGUCUCUUCUAAUCCAUUUGCAACCCAAUUGAAAAAGCCUAAGUAAAUAGUUUUAGAAGCUCUUUUCUCAGUGUUUUGUGACUAAUGGAAAAUUAGCUUUUGGGAAGACAAAAAAUAAUCAGUUGAAAAGCAAAAGCAUACUUCUGCUAAUAAUAAUUUACACUUUUCCCAGUGAUGGACUUGCUUCUUUUUCUCAACCCUACCCCAAACAUUUUCCAGCAUAAAGGAAGGUAUCCUCAUAGCAGAAUUUCCAGCGCGGUACCUGAUGGUGCAGAACGGCGGCCACUUAGAGAGCGAACUGUCAUAAUAGAUCAGUUUUCAAGACCCAAUACUACUCACACAUUUCGGGUAGGUAUUUGAAAGCUUUUGAGACUCUUAAUAAGAAAAUGGAAUUGAAAUGGGGGGUGGGAAUACCACUCUUUUAUUCCCUGUUAAACUGUAUUAGAUUAUUCCUAUGUGCUUAGUUGUAUGCAGUCUUGCAAUUCUGGGAGGAAUUAUUUCCUGCCUUCCAGAUACCAUUCCUUUAAUACAAAUAAAAGUCUUCAUAUUCUCAUGCUUUGUAGCCCAAACCAUGCUAACCAUGCAUAACAGAGUUUUUAGCUGACUUGCGGUUACUCUACGCUUUGGGACAACCCUGUUUUACAGGUGCUUAAUUUUUUUUUUAGAAAAAAAGAAAGGACACCCCCCCCCCUUAAAAAACACACACCCCAGCCUCAUAAGAAAUGACACCAGAUGUUGAGAAGCUGUGGUGUGCAUGUGUGUGGAAUGAACACCCUGUUUUGUGGUGUUGGGGGUGGGAGAAUGAUCCAAAGCCAGAAUAUCCCACUUGCAAAGAUUUGAAUGUUUGCUCACUGUUUAACCACAUUAUUGCCUUUAGUGCUGAACAGGAAAGUGGAAUUAGUAUUGGACAUUUUUCAAUGCUCCUUGUGGAAUAGUUACAUCUUCAUAGCUCUUUUUUCAUGUCACGGGCUAUAUGCACGCUAUAUCUUUAACAGACAUUCAAAGCACAUUUCCCCUCAAAUAAUUCUGGGCUCUCUGGUUUGCUAAGGGUUGUUGGGAAUUGUUUCUCAGUGGCGAUAUACAACAGGGCUCAUAAUUCUUUGAGGGAAAGAAUAUACUCCAAAUGAGCUUUAAUAAAGUAUGUACACAGGCAUAGUCACAGGCAUAGUUUGCCCUUGACUUGUUGGGGGGCGGGGCGGGCGGGUGAAUGCUAUAAAGGGUAAACAUCUGUUUUUCUCUUUCAGUCAGAUACACCUCAUAAAAUAUCAUUGACUCCUAUGGAUUUUGCUAAUCAAAUGUGGACAGGUCAUGGGGUAUUGAUAGGUAAGACCUCUGUUUUAUUAAAGAAAAGAAGAUUGUAGCACAAGAUGCCAAUCCCCUCAGAACUGUGAUUCUCAGUUUCAGCAUAUUAGCAUUUGUGGGAGAAUGGUGUAAAAUGAGCAAUAAGCAUUGUUCUUUACAUCAGAAGUUGAGCCCAAAAAACAAAUGCUGUAAACCAUUUUAUACUAGUUUGCCUCUAUAUGAAAGAGGUGCAGCAGCAGGCAAAAUUUAAUGGAGCAGCAAGGGUGGAGAACCGGUGGAUGUUGUUGGACUACAACUCCCACAAUCCUCAUCCAUUGGCUAUGCUGGCUGGGGGUGAAUGAGGUUCCAAGGAAUAGAAAUUAGUAUAAAUCCAGUAAAUAAGGGACAGGGAACAUGUGGUCCCUCCAGAUGUUGUUAGACUCUUUACUGGAUUUAUACUAAUUUCUAUUCCUUGGUACAAUCAAGGAUUUUUGAUAAAUUGGUCAUAGACUUUCAAUAAAUUGGUCAGUUUUUGCAAAGCAGCUAUUCACUUAGUGUUCACUACUGCAGCAUGAGUAAACCCCAUUAUUCAGUUGAAGCCCCAAGUCAAGAUGUUUAGGGUGGCUCUUUUCAAGAGUUUGUAGCUAUAUGUACUUAAUUCAUCUAAGACUAAGUUCUUGUACAGCUGUAGUAUUAGCAGAGAGCCAGCAGAGGGCUACCUUUCCAGUCCUUUUCUCCUGCCACAGUAAUUGGUUGUUGCUAUUUUAAGAUCUCAUAAACUCAUCAUGUGUACGUGUAGCAUGACUGUUCAUGCCAGGUUACAUUACCUCCUGGCCCAAGCAUAUUCUCCAGAACUGUUCUGUUUGUGAAAUACACAAGAAAUGGAGACUCUUCUUCAGUGUAAAAAGUAAAUUAACUGAAAAGCAAUCCUUCUUUAACUUUGGCGAUGUAGUGAAAGGUGACAAUGCUUGCAAAACACACACACACAUAUUUUUUUUUGCAGAAUUGAAGUUCUCCAUCAGUUCAUGUUGUCUAGCUAUCUAUUAAACGUGAAAUAAUGUAUUUUCUUGCACUUGCACAGACUACUUUUAAUAACAAAAUAUCCCCAGAGGUAUUCUACUUCCUGCUGCCCAUGAUUAUCCUUGUAGGGUAGUGAGUUUUGAUAAAACCUCUCAAGGGACAGAGGGAACUCAGUGCACAGGCAGAAAUUCUGAGAACUAGAAAGGACACUGGGUAAGAUGCUAAGAGACAGAAAGUGGGUAGACAUAGGCAGCAGGUUCACUAGAACCUGAGUUAAGGUUCAGCAGAAGCCUGUGAGAAAGGGCAAUGGGGGGGGCGGAGUAGCUGGUGAGAGAGCAGUCUGGUGUGGUGGGGGACUUGGGAUUGCAAGUGGAAGUAGCUGCAUGUUGGCAAGAAGCAGAAACGGUGCUCUGGCUAGGCAGGCAGACUGAGAGUCGAGCUGCAGGUGAUGCUAAAUUAGAAAAAGGGGUUUAGUGUUAAAAAAAUAAUAACGAGCAUGGUUUUAAUGGGGACCACAGCACUCAGGAAGACAUGUUUUAAUCCUUCCAUUUGCAGUUGCAAUUCUGAUGGCAACACCUCCCCUUCCCAGCAUUUGUGCUAAUGGGGGCUUUUCCUCCAAAGUUAAAAGCAGUAUGGGGGGGGGGCUUUGGUUCAUAUCAGCGUUGUGGUUGGGGCUGAAGAAUUAAACCUGAAUAGUCCCCCUCUGUGUAUGCUGUCCUGAUGAAAAUCAGGAUUGCCCAUGCCUGCAAUUUUAAAAAAAACCUCUGGUGUGCGUUCUCAUGAUGCAUUGUAUAGUUUGGCCCCUAAGGUUAGAAAGCUAAGGGGGAAGAGGGGAGAGUUGGCCUGGCUGAAAGAUCCAGCACCAAUUUGACAGUAGACUAAAAUGCAAUGAUGUGAAUGAGGCAGAAACUUGAAGGACUGGGGAUUGCAGGAGAUGUGGAAUCGAGAAAACAAGUGGCUUAGGAAGAAGGCAGUGCCAGCGCUAGGGAAAUUCCUCUGGCAGGGAUCAGGAAGGGUGUGGAUCAGGUAGUUAUCAUUAGGAAACUGGAAUUUGUCAAGGUGAUUGAAGUCAACCUGAUUGAUGAACUCACCUAGGGUUUUACUUGUCAGGCUGGCAAAUCUCUUCUUUCUCCCAUUUGCAACACUGGACUUAUCCCCAAUAGAGUUAAUAGAGAGAUUGCUCUUGCUACUACCUGAGGCGUUCACAAAGUAAAGGAAGGAUUGAACUCUGAUUAAUAAGAAUACACACAGAGGCUUGAACCAGCAAGACUCUGGGAAGGGUGCGUAUAGUGUUCUCUCUCUGUGUCUUUUUACCCCUCGGCCUAGGUCAUUUUAUUCACCAAAGAACUUUUUACAGACUGUUCAUAAGAACCAAUCAGAUUUCUUCUGAGCAUUUCAACAGACCCCACAUGGGGACAAAGUUAGAGCAAAAGAAAUUCUUUUAACGACAAAGACUACUACUCUGAGCAUGCAUAUUUUAUUUAAUCUGAGAGUAAAUAAAAGAGGACUAGAGAAACUCUGGAGAUCACAAACAGGAGUAAACAGGAGAGGAUGGAAGGAUGGCAAGGAGAUAGGUAUCUUUAUCACCUUCCUGUGAAACUAUUUCCAGGCCCUAAGAUCAAUAUCCUGAGAUUAACAUAUUGGAAAGGCUACUUCAAAGAAACUUGCCCACUAUCUUUAUGGCCCAGGAUGCCUGCCUGGCUAAGCAACUGGCAGUGUACGUGACUGGUGAAGAAAGAGAAAUGGAACAGGGAUGCAGAGGUAUGGAUUGAUCAAGAAUCAUAUCAAAAUAGUUUAAACCCAGUCAAUGCAAUGCUUUCAUUGCUGACACAGAUGGCUUACUCUAUAUUUGUUAUAAUUCCUCAUAACAAUCCCACCUGAUCACUACACUUCUACCAUGCAUAGGGAAAGAAAGGAUGCACCCCCCGAAACAGCUGGCGGGAAAUGAAAACUCACGCACCUCAAACAAGGACUCGUUAUCCCAAUGGUCCCUAAUAGCAAGUUUGGCUUCUCUGCUCACAAGCCUUAUAUGAGGUUGCAGGCCCUUCCUACCCCUCCUAUUCUCUUGCCCCUAAUUUGCACAGGACUGGGUAUCAGUUCAAAACCAAAAGCAUAUCCCUGCUCUGUCUGAAAUAGUUGAUCUGUACUUAACAUAUUAUUGGCUUCAACUUGUGUAUUUUCUGAUCAGCUUCCUGUGAUGUAAGACACUACUACAGUGGUAGCUCGGGUUAAGUACUUAAUUCGUUCCGGAGGUCCAUUCUUAACCUGAAACUGUUCUUAACCUGAAGCAUCACUUUAGAUAAUGGGGCCUCCUGCUGCCGCUGCUCCACUGCUGCAUGAUUUCUGUUCUCAUCCUGAAGCAAAGUUCUUAACCCAAGGUACUAUUUCUGGGUUAGCGGAGUCUGUAACCUGAAGCGUCUGUAACCCGAGGUACCACUGUAUUCCCAUUUUACUGAUAGGAAAACAAGGCUAGGAGAGAUCAUUCAUCAAAAGAAUUUGAGCAUGAACCCUUUUGUUUCAAAUGCGCUGUGUCCACUUGACCCACAAUAUUACCUACUAAUGUUUUUGCUUUCAGGUUCACAGUUCCAUGCCAAAUCAUUCCAGAGAAAUCCACCUGUAGCUAGAAGAAGAUUUCAAGUUGCUUCAUAACAUACAGCAGAAGGCAAAAAAACAACCAACCAACCAACCAACCAACCUGAUCUGUACUUUAUGGGACUCUGCAAUACUCCCAACUAUUAUGCGAAGGGAUGGUGUUCCAGUAUUGUAGUUUUGUGCCUUAGUGUUCUGUGUCUCUGCAUACAGCCUGCUUGAAAAUUGUUUCACCAAAGACUCAUUAGCAAGUGCAUCAAGACAGUGGCAUAUAUCUGGAAAACAGAAUAUGAAUUGGUGCCAAUUUUUUUCUAAAGGCAUAAGUCAAGUUUAAAAGAAAGUGCCUUUCUGGUUCUGUUCUGUUUUUGUUUGUUUGCUUGUUUGUUUGUGGAUCAGGUGCAAGUAGAGCUGAGCCAAAUUGUCAUUAGCUUUCCUUUUCUUUUUCUGUGACGAACAAGGGAAGCUUUCAUAAAGCAGCUAAACAAAUUACACAAAAUUUAAAUAGUUUCCCUGUUUUUCAUCAAAGUUCUGGGGCUCAGGGAGAACUGCGUAAAAGCCCUCAGAGGCUGGUCUUUAAUUAUCUGAGCUAGCCCACAGAACUAUGAAGCCUUGGGAGGAAGGGUACUCUUUUCACAGAGAAGCAUGCUAAGGAAUUUCAGCUAGACUUUGCCUCGGUUCUUUUGGCUGAGCUUCCCUGAUCUUGGUCAGACAAGUUUGGGGUGGUGGUGGUGUUGCACAGGCAUUAAAACAACUUGGAGCCAUUAAAACAAACCUUAGCAGGGCUUUCACACAUUUCCUUCUAAUGAAAUUUUGAGGAAGCAAACACUGCAAAAACCAGGAAUUGUUUCCACAGGAAUGAAAGUGACACCAAAACAGUUGGAGUUGGUUUUAGCUCAGCUGUAGUAAUGCAGUGUAUAAACCCUUGAAUAUUAUUAUAAGAUUUAAUUCCUGGACUCUUUUUGUUAUGGUUCCAUAAGAAAAAUCUAUCCCUUCUCUCUGGUUUAGCUUGGGCAAUCUCUAAAAUUAAUUUUGGAAGUGCGGUAGGCAUAAGUUGCUUCAGUUUGGGUUCAAAUAUUAUUUUCUUCAUGCACAAAUUUAGCUAAUGCACAUUGAUUAAACACCAUGAAAAAACAAAUCUUGAUGCAAUCCCAUCAAGAUCCUUUUUGUGCAAUUGCAUCAAGAACCUUUGGCCAUAUAUUACUGUUGCAUAGACACAAUAUAUUAUUCUAAAAUCAAUGGAGACUUGAGUACUUGUUUAUUCUAUGUGGUCUACACAUAAUCUAGAUAUUUUGCAUAUUUUUGCCCCCCACCCAAAAGCACUUUUUGAGAAACUUAGUUUCAUUCUGAAAAUAGAAGUCAUUGUAUAUUUCUUGUGCAUUAAUCCACAGUGUGUCCAUUUGAAGCCAGAUGCACCCACACCUGCCCAUUGACAUGGUAGGGCAUAUAUACCAAGAGAGCAAUAACUUCUUCCUUUACCUGGGGCAUGUAAAGGGAUGAAAAUGUAUGGAUAACCUAACCAAGAGGAGGGUUUUCAAAUGUGUAUCAAGUAGCCACUCCCACCCUGGUGGACAGGAGGAUCUGGAAUUAAUCUAGAUCAGGCAUCCCUAACCUGCAGCCAUCCAGAUGUUUUGGCCUACAACUCCCAUGAUCCCUAGCUAACAGGACCAGUGGUCAGGGAUGAUGGGAAUUGUAGUCCAAAACAUCUGGAGGGUCGAAGGUUGGGGAUGCCUGAUCUAGAUAGAAAGCAGCAUGUUAGGGGCAAACAUGGAUGCUUCUAGACUGAGAAAAACAAAUGGGUUAGUGUGCAUGCAGCCUAUAUCACACUGCAUAAAGGUACCUUGAUUUCGUCUUGCAGCAUUUUAAUAAGUUCCCCUAUACCCGAAUUCACAUAGUUAAUAUGUAAAAUAAUAAAAAUAUGAAAAUCGGAAAAGUACAUAUAUUGAGGUGUAAACUAACUGUGGAAAUCAAAAUGGAAGAAUUGCAAAGUAAUUUGUAUGUAAUGUAUCUUUAUAUCUUUACUUUAAUCAUACGUUAUUUGUUGUUGAUUACCAUUGUUGCAUCUUCCUACCUUCUCUUUGUCUUUAAUUAGGCACGUCACCCUGUGGAAGAUAAUUAGAGGGCUGACCAUCACUUAUUACCAGUAAUUAAUACAUCAAGCACUGUAAAAUAGCUCAGAUGGAUUUGUUCUCAGAAAGAAUUAGCAGCAAAAUUAUAUCAUAGACCCUCAUGGACUUAGCCCACUUGCUGGGCUGCAACUGAUAUUCUGUUUAUUGAGUUUUUCCUUCCUCAACUUCUUUGAUGUCACCUGCUAAUGUAAAAUGAAUUGAUUUAUCUAGUACUUCAGAAACCCUAUUAAAAAUUUGCUUCAUGAGCCAAUGAAUCUGUGGAAAUGUGUACAGAACCAUUUUUUUAGGGCUUGCUAUUUUCAUUACAGUAGUGAUAACUCUUGCCAUUUAGCCAAGAGACUAGGCCCACAAGUUUGUUUGUAGUGUAUGCAUGGGAAGAAACAUUGUUUGUUUAAAAUGACUGGCCAACUCACCCACGCAAGUCUUACUUAUAUGAAAUGCAUGUGACUAGAUCAGAAUGCUUCAUUGCUGAGCCCAGGAUUAAAAUCCAGGUUGCAUUCAAACUGUAUUAGUGGUCAAGAAAGCUUUUUAUAACAGCUUGAGUCACGUGAUUGAAGGAAAGAUUUUUGAGCAGUGGUUUUGUCCUUUCCUGCUACUGUCUCCAAGGUAUGAGUUAGAACUUGUCCCUGUAGCAGAUGCUGGU